AUGGCGGCCGUGCUGCAUCUUGUGACCUUCCUGGUCGUCCUGAAGUCGGCGUGCUGUGCACAACCACGGCCGGCGCAAGACAAAAUAUCCCCUAUUAUAAACAUGCAGCUGGAUUCAAGGAAAAAAAUGUUAACCUGGACUUACACCAGAAACGUGAGUGACCAGGAAUGCACAAUAGAUACGCCCACUGCCUAUUCCGCCACGGUGAACCCACAGGUGAUGGAGGACCACACCUACAUGUGCACCUUCCCCAACUCCGUGCUGCACAGGGGGGCCAACCUGACCGUGAACGUCACUUGCGACGGGGACGUGUUCCUCCAAGUCCUGACUUUCGCCAACCCAGGCAGGGAAGGUUCCGGAGCCGUGAACUUCUCCUGCCUCAUUUACAACGUGCGCUUCAUGAACUGCAGCUGGGCGCCCGGCCCGGCCGCCCCGGCCGACGUCAAGUAUCGACUGUUCUGGGCGUCCAGGCAUGAGGCCGACGCGGAAUGCGUCCAUUACAUCCUCGGCCCCACGGGGACCCGCGUGGGCUGCCAUUUCAACCAACUGGGCAAACCCCAGAGGACGGAUAAUUACUUCUUCUUGGUGAACGGAACCAGCAGGGAAACGGCGAUCCCGUUUUUGGAUUUCACUCCAUUUAAGGCCGUUCAAAUCGAGAAGUACGAUCCACCCAGGAACAUCACCAUCACCUACAACCGGUCGCACCACAUCAUCUGGUGGGAACAUCCCAAGAUCCGAUUCGACCUUUCAAGUCACAUGCUGUAUUACGAGCUGGACAUCCAAACGCCGGCGAGCUCCGCAGAAACACACCGUGUUUUCCAGAGGGGACAGGACCCCAACGUGUACCUGAUGCCCAGUUCCGCCACCAGAGCCAAGAGCGCCUUCCGGGUGAGGGUGCGUUACAUGUACAACCGCCUGUGGAGCGAAUGGAGCCCCACGCAGCGGUUCGGCCUCCCGGAGCAGGAUUUCAGCGGCGCCCUGGUGGGGCCCGUGGUGGGGACCGCGGCUUUGUCCGUGCUCGUCCUCAUGUUCCUCUGCAAACGGUUCUCCGUGAGGCGCAAGAUGUUCCCUCCCAUCCCGCAGGUGAAGAAGGAAAUCGCCAGGGCCCUCAUGCCCACACCGGGGGUGAGUGACCCCUCCCUCUGCACCCAGGAGGUCGCCUGGGACGAGGGCCACCCCCCGCCGGGCCCCCAGGACCCCGAGGACGUGGUCACGCUGGAGGCAACGUGCUGA